AUCCUCGACUUCUUCUUCGAAAGCGGCGGCAACUUCAUCGACACGGCCAACAACUACCAGGGCGAGGAGUCCGAGGAAUGGCUCGGCGACUGGAUGCAGGAGCGCAAGAACCGCGACCAGAUUGUGCUCGCUACCAAGUUCACCACCUUCUUCCCGUCGGGAAAGGGCGGCGAGACCAUCAAGAGCAACUUCCAGGGCAACCACAGCAAGAGCUUGCGGGUCUCGCUGGAGGCUAGCUUGAGGAAGCUGAAGACGAGCUACAUCGACCUGCUCUACGUGCACUGGUGGGACUUCUCCACCUCGAUCCCGGAACUCAUGCAAACGCUCCACCACCAAGUCGUCGGCGGCAAGGUCCUCUACCUCGGCAUCAGCGACACGCCCGCCUGGGUCGUCUCCAUGGCGAACCAGUACGCGCGCGACCACGCCCUCACGCCCUUUUCCGUCUACCAGGGCAAGUGGAGCGCCGCGGACCGCGACUUCGAGCGCGACAUCAUCCCCAUGGCGCGGCAGCAGGGCAUGGCGCUGGCCCCGUGGAACGCCCUCGGCGGCGGCCUCUUCAAGACCGAGGACGAGCUCGCCCGGCAGGACGAGGGCCGCAAGAUGUUCCCGGUGCGCGAAAAGGACAAGAGGAUCGCGGCGGCGCUGGACGAGCUGGCGGCGCCGCGCGGGGUGCACCGCACCGCCAUCGCCCUGGCCUACGUCAUGCGCAAGAGCCCGUACGUCUUCCCCAUCGUCGGCGGGCGGAAGAUCGAGCACCUGCGCGGCAACAUCGAGGCGCUGGGCAUCGAGCUGGCGCCCGACGAGAUCGCCCGCAUCGAGGCGGCCGAGCCGUUCGACGUCGGGUUUCCCAUGAACUUUUUGUUCGAGUUUGGAGAAGGCCAGACGUACCACAACAGGAUGGGCACGGGCGAUGUUGGGCUCGUCAAGGCGUGUGCGCAUAUCGACACCGUUCCGCAGCCCGAGCCCAUCAAGCCGCGGAAGCUCUGA